AUACUUCGCAGUUGUUCAACGCGGGAAGUUGCGUACGUAUAAUAUGCGAAAAAAAAAGGAUGGCUUGAAAGAAAUUGUUGUUUAGGAUGAUUGACUAAAGAAAUAAAUUGGCAUCAGCAGUAGUGGAGGCCAGCAACAUACAAGAGCUUAAUAGGGGAAUUGAUGGUUUCAUGAAAAAUAAAGGAUCCUUUUGUGAUUUCAUCUAUUUGAUGCAAAAGAAGCCAAUUUUAACUUUAGUUCAUUUUUCAUUAUGGAUGAUACACCAAGAAGACGAACAAGGGCAAAAUUUUUAAAAGCUAAAAAGCCAGUUCAGAAACAGGAAACAAAGGUAAUAGAAACUCCCAGGGAGCAAGAAGUGGCUGUGUCUCCAGAAGAAACUGAUGCAGUGGAAGUUGAAAUUGAGCUUCCUUUGGAGGAUGUAAUGGACACUGGAGAAGAGAGUAUUCAGGAGGAAGUGGUACGUAUAGAAACGGGCUCAUUGAACAUAUCUCCCUCACGUUCACAACAUGAUGAAGCUUAUCCAUCACAUACUAUGUUUUCACCAGCAAGGGAUUCAACUGGUGGAUCUCCCACAUCAAGUUCUUUAUACAGGAAAACAGCUGACUUGGUGUCUUUAAGUAUCAAUGUAAAGGAGAAAGUGGCAAUUGAAGAAAAUAAUGUCAGAAUCAAAAAUGAAGAAAGUAGUCAAGUGGGAAUAAAAGAUAAAGGUGACUUGGUAAGUCAGGAACAAUUGCAAGAAGAACAUUCUUUAUUGAAAAAGAAAUGCAUGGGUGGACAUUUUAACAUUGAAAAAGAAUAUGAAAUCCAUGGAAAUGGCAAAUUUUUAGAAAGAAAAGAAGAGUUAGAUCAUUAUUCUAUGAAUGAAAAGGUACAGGGAUUUCUUGAUGUUGAUGUUAAACAUGAAGAGAGAGUUUUGAAAGUUGUUAGUGAUUCUAUCAUGGAAGUGCAAGAUAAGAUAUUUGUGGAAGAAAGUUGGAGUGAAUCACUUGUGGAAAAGUCAAAAAGUGAAACAGUUGGGGAAAAAGUUCAGAAUGUAACAGAUGUGGAAGAAAUGCAAGAUGAAACAAUUACAAAAAAUUUGCAGAGUGAAGCCCUUAUUGAUGAAGUGCAUAGUAAUGAAGAUGGGAAAGAAGUGCAAAAUGAAAUAUCUGAGGAGGAUAUACGAUAUGAAUUAAUUAUGGAAGCAGUACAAAGUGAGACAGUUGUGGAAGAUGGGCAGAGUGAGGCAGUUGUCGAAGACAUGCAGAGUGAGACAGUUGUCGAAGACUUGCAGAGUGAGGCAAUUGUCAAAGACAUGCAGAGUGAGGCGGUUGUCGAAGACUUGCAGAGUGAGACAGUUGUCGAAGACUUGCAGAGUGAGACAGUCGUCGAAGACUUGCAGAGUGAGACAGUCGUCGAAGACUUGCAGAGUGAGACAGUCGUCGAAGACUUGCAGAGUGAGACAGUCGUCGAAGACUUGCGGGGUGAGACAGUCGUCGAAGACUUGCGGGGUGAGACAGUCGUCGAAGACUUGCGGGGUGAGACAGUCGUCGAAGACUUGCGGGGUGAGACAGUCGUCGAAGACUUGCGGGGUGAGACAGUCGUCGAAGACUUGCAGGGUGAGACAGUCUUCGAAAAAUUGCAGGGUGAGACAGUCUUCGAAAAAUUGCAGAGUGGGGCAGUCGUCGAGGACGUGCAGGGUGAGACAGCUACAGAAGAAGUGCGGGGUGAAACAGUUGUCGAAGACGUGCAGGGUGGGGCAGUUGUGGAAGAAUUGCAGAGUGGGGUAGUCAUCGAGGACGUGCAGGGUGGGGCAGUCGUGGAAGAUGUGUUGGGUGAAACAGCUACAGAAGAAGUGCGGGGUAAAACAGUUGUCGAAGACGUGCAGGGUGGGGCAGUUGUGGAAGAUGUGUUGGGUGAGACAGCUACAGACGAAGUGCAGGGUGGAACAGUUGCAGGAGGUGUGGAAGUUAUAAAUACAGAGCAUAUUGUUGCUGGGGAAGAAUGUUUUGUAGCUAAUGUUGUAUUUGGAGACAAAGAAAAACUUGAUGUUUCUCUUCGUGUAGUUGAAGACAUUGGAGCAACAGCUGAGGUUGGGGAGAUGACUGAAGAAGAGGAAGCUCAUGUUGAUUCGGCUAAGCAAAAAGAAAGCACAGAACAAAGUGAAAAGCCUGCUGGUGUGUGGGAUGACAUUGAGAAACUUGCAGAAGUUGCCUGUUCAGAAUUUCUUGAUAAUUCAAGUAAAAAAGAAUUGGUGGCAGGUAAAGAACCAAUAAAUUAUGAAAACAGUGAAACCCAGAGCACAUCUUCCAAUAUUGCUAGUACUGGCUUAGACACAGCACAAAUAGGUGAGCAGAAAUGUAAUAUUGAGCAACCAGAUCUUAUUACUCAGAAUUUAACGUCACCUUUCCAGAAAAGCAUUUCAGAAAGAAAAGAGCAAAAUAGUUGGAACUCAAAUGAUGUUAGAGCUUCAGAGCAAAAGGAAAACAUUGAAUCCACAGAAAGUUCAAAACUUCAGAACAACAGUGAUUACUCAGUGUUUACUAAAAAUGAUAAAGAAAGCUUGGGCAGAAGUCAGCCCAUGCCAUCAGAUACUCUUGGACAAACAAGUAGUGAAGAAAUUAAAACCAAGAAAGUAGAGUCAGUUGAACAAAUAGACAGUGAAAGAACAGAAGUGACGGAACUUGACAAAUUUGAGAAAGUUAGGGAAUAUAGUGCAGUUGAAAAGCUAGAAAAUUUUGUACGAGGAGCACCAACAACUGACAGAAGAACAAUGGGAAGAACAAGAAAAAAAAUUUCACAGAAGAGCUUUUCUGAAAUGAUUAAAAAUCCAACCAUUAUUGAUUAUUCUUCACCAGCAAGUAGAGCAAAGAAAAAUGUCCAAAGAACACCAUCAGUAGAUACUGAAUCAAAAAAUGCAAAUUUAAGUGAUACUGCAAAUAAAGUAUCUCCAGAAGUUACAUCGACUCCUGUAGAAAUAAAGAAAGAGGGCGUUGAAAAUGAAAAUUCUUGUAAAACAACAAGCACAGAUGGUACAACAGCACAUUUCAAAACCGUGUCUAAACAUGAACUUAACAAAGGGGGCACUAAAAGGAAACGUUCAGCAUCGUCUGUAGACAAUGAAAGUAGAGCAAUUUUCCCAAGAACACCAACAAGAGUAGAAGAAAAUGUGGAAUUUCCAAAACUAGAAAAUGAGUCUUAUAAGAAACCUUUUCAAAAUGGAUGGAAACGAGAGAUUGUAUUCAGAGCAAUUGUAGAAGGCAAGGUACAGACCAAAAAGGGAAGGAUGGCUGAUAUAUACUAUUUUGCUCCAACAGGCCAAAAAUUGAGAUCCGUAAAAGAAGUGGAAAUAUUUAUGGAAAAGAAUCCUGAUCAUCAGCUACCUAUGACAUACUUCACAUUUGGUAAGUACUCAGUUUAUCAUGAGCCUUUUGAGGUGCAACGACUAGCCAAUUUCAAAUCAAAAACUCCGGAAGUACAUUCUUCUGACCAAACCCCUAUCCCCAAAAAGAAAGUAUCUACUCCAAAAACUCCAGAAACUAAAACUUCAGUACCUGUUGUAACAGACACACCAAAAAAACCAUCAGAUAAUAUUCCCACUUCUAAAGGAGAAAAGAGACGGGGUCCAAGAAUUAAGUAUACACCCAAACGGUUUAAAGAAGAUGUGCCUUCACCAGAGUUGCAAAAACCAGCACCACCUCUAACAAAAGUCCAGACAGUUACAACUACAAAAUCUGACUCCAGCAAAAGUGAGCAGACUGAAGUUAAGAAGCAAGUAAUUGCAAAGAAGAAUGAAAAUGUAGAAAUGAAGAAGCAGAACAGUCAAAAAACCUAUUCACUGCUAACCAAUUUGAAGAUGGAUUCUACUGAGGCAGUUUUAUGCUCUCUUCAUUGUGUGGGUCGGAAUGGUCAACUUCCUUCCCUUCACUGUGGAGUGUGCCUGUGUCUCUUCCAUCCAGAAUGUGUUGGUGUUGCUCCCACAUCUCGUCCUUCCAUUUUCAUUUGUCAGCGAUGCAGAAAGAAUAUCAAAGAAGGAAAGGCACGACUUCCUCCACCAGGUGCUCGUCCUAUUAUACCUCAAGAAUCUCAUUCAUCAGAAUCCAAGCAUACAGAACAAACAAGUGUUGAGUCAAAAUCAUUACAUAAUGGAAAAAUAGAAGAAGAAACCAUGGGUUCCUGCAAGUCAUCAUCCAAUGCAGAGAGUAAAGUAGGAACAAAUACAGGAAUUUCUCUGGUGCCGGAAGUGGUACUUACUCAGGAGCAUUCAGAUGAAGAAGAGAGUAUGAAAGACAGUUCCUUAGCUCCAUCUUUACCUGUUCGGACAAUACUUCCUCCUCCUCCUCCAUUAACACCAGCUCCUUUGAGAAGUUUGGGACUUCGAGCUGUUCAUCCAGUUAAUGAUUUCCCACCAAGACUUACUUAUCUACACAGACAAAACUCCAUACCUAAUAAUGCUUUUCCAUCUUUUAAUACAGGACUAGUUCCAAAUACCUCUCCUGUUUCAAGCAGAGCUGGAAUAAGUGGACCUGUUGUUCAGAAUGUAUUUUUUAUGCCUGCAAGCUCUCAGGCCUCACCUUCUGGUCCAAUACCCAUUCCAGCUAUGCAGGCACCAGUAUUCAUUCCUCCAUCAAGUGGUACUAGUAAUGUUUCCAGUUCAUUUAUACCCCCGUUUCCACAUCCAUCCUAUUCCACCCCUCAGUUGUUUCAAGCACUUUCACCACAGCCAGUACUUGAGGCUCGAACUGGACCAAAUGCUGUGGUUUUGGGAUCACAAAUGAUUCCAGGAGCCCAGGCACGAGUACCUCUGCCUGCCCAUAAUACAAUUACAAAUAUGCCUCUUUUACGAAAUGGGUUUUUUGUUACAGGUCCUGUAGAGAGACCUGGACCACAGAUGACUUAUUUCCCCUCACCAACAACACUACCUGUCUGCACUGGUUCCUUACAGUUUCAAACGGUAACAACAUUAGCCAUGUGUUGUUCUAAUAGUAGUAAUACCUUUUAUACUUCUGCUGUGUCCAUACCUCCUUCAAGUGCACCAUUAUUACCUCAGAUUCCAUCUCUGAGGCCACCUGUGUGUUCUGUAGUUCCUGUGUGUUCAAACAAAUCCAUCGUAGAAGCAUCAACAAAGACUUCCGAGUCUGUUCGUGUUUCCCAUCCCAUCGAUAAUGAUGGAAGUUAUGUAAAGACUUCUUCCAGUUCCAUGUCACCAGAAACAUGUAAAAGUAGUUUGCCAGUUUCUGAAAAAGUAGCUGAUGUACAGAAAAUUGAAUCUCCUCCUGUAGAAAAGAAACCACAGGUGACUACUCAGUCUGUGGGUGUACAGUCAGAAGCACCUCCACCAUCACCUAAGAAAGAGCCAGUGGUGCCUGAAACUGAAACACGUGGUGUGCAAACAGAAAUCAAGCUAAAAGAUAUUGAAGUCACCGUGGAUUCUGAUUGGCUUGAAGAGGAAGACAGUUCGGGUGAGGAUAUUGUUAGUGAUAAAAACUAUUAUAAAAACAAAGUCUUAGUAAAACUUCGAGAACACACCUAUAGCUGUGACCUCAAAAGAGAAACAGCCAAGAAAAAACUGCAAGUUGAAAAACUAAAGCCAUCCUUUUGCUAUAUGAACAGACUGGUUGGAGGUUUUGAAUGUGUAAAUUCGAUAUUUCAGUAUCUUGGAGUUGCAGAUCUCCUCAGUGCCAGCCAAGUUUCUCGGACGUGGAGAACUCUAGCAACACAACCAUUUCUUUGGAAAUGUGUAUGCCUGGGAGAUCUCUACAUAACGAAUUGGGCCCUCUGUGCAAAGGCUCUAGAAUGUUUCAACACCACCUCUCUUGAUUUGAGAGAUGUUGGCCAUUUAGAAGAUCGUGCAACUUUUUGGGGUUACUUCAUAAGAAUUUUGGGACAUUUAAGGAAUCUCCAGCAUUUAGCAUUUGGAGAAGUAGUACCAGAAGUUUUACCAGCAGUUUCUGAGACAGUUACUCAUCUUCAAACACUCACAGCUGAAUGUGUCACAGAAGCCACUGGAGCAUCAGUUUGGACAACACUAUGUAAAGUUGACUUCAGUAAAAUAGGAAGACUCAGCUAUUUGAACUAUCUUUGGGUAAGGGGUGGAGGAGGGCUUCGUCUGCCAUCAUUAAUGUCCAAUGGGGGUUUACAAUCUCUGGAGAACCUCACCAUGCUUCGACAUCUGCACCUUACUACACUCGUUGGUGUACCAAGUGAAUCAUUUCAAUUCAUUGAAAAACUUCCACUCUUAGAAUCUUUGGCAAUUGGGAACUGCUUUUCUUGGACCAGAGAGACAUAUGCACUUCUUGGAAAACUGAAACAACUCAAGAAACUGAGACUUGAAAAAGGAGGCCAGUUGCACGAUACUAGCUUGCAGAAUGCAAUUUCAAAUUUAACACAGUUGGAAGAACUACAACUACUAUGUUUUGUGAUACCAACCAGUCUUGGGUCUGGGUUACAAAAGUUGAAACAUCUUAGUCGUCUUGUUAUGUGGCCAGACACUUACAGGCAGGCUCCUAAAGUAAAUCAAAACACUUUAAAAGCUGUAUCAUCACUCACAAAGCUCAAGAAAUUUAGCUGGGGAGUGAUGUCGUCACAGUCAGAUUUGGAAGAAAUGACUAGGACAGAAGACAAUGAGGAUGAGGACGAACAUAAUGACCGGGAAAUAAAGAUGAUCUCUUUAUUACGACACAAAGAGAACUGCAAGUGUUCAGAAAGUGAAGAUGGCAGCAGUGAUAUUAAUCCUGAAUGUACAGUGAUGGUUCACUUAAAUGAACUUGAACAGCGUUUAAGUAAACUAUUUCCAAAGACCCGAAUUACAGUUUUUCGAGUGCCAUUAGAACGUUUUAGUGAGUUCUGCAGUGCUUUCAGAUGAGUCUUUUUCACAGUCAUUGCCAUGAAGUUGGGUUGGGAUCAUUCCAAAGAAAAAUGCUGCUAUGAACACAUGUAAAAGGUUUUUUUGUUGUUAGAGAAAAACGUGUUACAAUCAUGUUGAUUUUGUACAAAGUGUUAUAACUACUUUGAGAAAAAGCGUGUAAGUUAAGUUUUAGAAAGUCUUGUGUGAAAAGUUUUAAUGAUAUUUUAACUCAUCAGGUAACUUUCAUAUGUUGGUAUCAUGUCUGUGUAUAAAACAUGCAUGUCAUUCACUAUUCCUGCACUGUGUAUUGAAACAUUUUACCGUUCAAAUGAGUAUUUUGUUUGAUGAUUAAUUAUUAACCAUAUUUUAAGAGUUUCAGUGAAUAAAAUCUUGAAUGUUUUGUAAAA